AUGAAUUUGAGCAUGAAUUUGGGCAUGAAGUUCAACCUGGACUUCAACACUCUAAACGCAGCUCUGACUUCCUGCCAGCUGACAAUGCCACCGACUCGUCGUAGACGCACACAAGCGUCAUCGCCACCACCGCCCCUUCAACCAUCCUCUUCAGCCAAACCAGCACCAUCACCACCACAGGUGUCGGCGUCAGGACGUCCGCGUGUGAAAGGUAGGCCUCCAUUAAAACAAACAGCACCGUCUUCUCUUCCUCCUAUACCCUUAGCACCAUCAAACGUUAAACGUGAAAAUGGGUUGCCUGCUUCUCUACCUCAAAUUCCCAAGAAACAACAACAUUUGCAACAGCAGCAGCUACAGCAGUCGGCACCACUACCACAGCCUCCAGAUAGAAAAUCGUUUUGGGAUAUUUUGAAAACAGGAGAUGACGUUUCAAAAAUGAAGGAUCCAUUGAAUGAACUUUUUGGUUUAAUCCUGGAUGAGUUGCGUAGUCGAAAUGUUGAAGAAUCGGUCAUAUCUAACAUUGGGAAGAUCAAAGUGAAGGAGGAGGUCGAAGAAGAAAAGGCCAUUGUGAAAGAAAGAGAAGAAGGAAACGAAGAUGACGAUGAAAAUAUCCGGCCCCGUAAGAAAAUCAAGCUGAAACUCGAAACCGAACCAGAAUUCGAACCAGACAAUGCUGAAGAAAGUGAAAUACCUUCUGUUUACAGGCCUGAAAAUCCAUCUGCUUUACAAGAUAUAGACAUGGGUAAACUCAUGAAAGAUGCUGAUCAGCUUGGCUUGUACGAUGAUGAAAAAGCACGUCUUAAAUACAAAGACGAGGAGGAAUUUUUGAAAUGCAAAUUUGCCGUUGCAUCAUUCCCAAAGAAUGAUUUGCAAGAUAUGCUACCUGGUGUCAUCCCCAUGACAGAUUUCAGUGGGCCUAAACCGACCCAACAAGUUGCAUGGAAUUCAUGGCUCUCUUACAUUGAGCCAUUUUUUCGGAAUUUUAAUGAUGAAGACCUGAAAUUUUUGAAGAGUGAGUUUAUUGCACCACUAUACUUGUCAAAAUACUUAAAUAUCCCACCAAGUGAGAGGAAAAGUGAUACUUUGUUGAAUCCAAAUUAUAUACCACCAUUAGGACCCAAAUACUCAGAGGUGUGGAGUUUAGAGAAUGAGGGCAAAAAUGUAAAAGUAUCAAGGUUAUCUCAGUCAUUAAGUAAUAAGUUGAAAAAAUUAAAUGCUGGUAAGGGGAAUUCCGAGAAUCUCCCUUCAUCGAUUGAGGAACCAGAUAAAGUAUCAUGUGGACCUUUGACUAGUAGGAUUAUAAGUGGCUUAGUUGAUGAUGACGAUAAUGACUUUGGGGAGUUAUCUCAUGAGAUGAAUGAAGAAGAAACCAUCAACUUUGAGAAGUUGGAGAGUAGACUAAAUUUAGAGUUGAAAUACAUUGGUAUUUUCAUGAAUGUCAUUCAAACAUUAAAUGAUGAUAGCUGGGAACAAGAUUGGUCUUUGCACCAAGAAGAUGAUGAAAUUUGUUUUCAACUGAGAAAGUUACAAAAUGAUUUGCAUGAUGUGGAGAAGAAAAACAAUUUCCGCAAAUCGAAGAUUAUCCCUAUUAUCGAGGAACACAUUGCUUGGCAAGAGUAUAUAUCAAUUGUUGACGAUUUAGACAAGCAAGUCGAACAGUAUUAUAGAAGAAGAAUCAAUGUAUUACCUAGGAAACACAAAAAGAAAAAUCAUAAUCACGAUGAAAAGGACGAACAAGUUAACAUUGUGAGCAAUGCAUCUUUUAAGGGACUAUUGGACAAGAGGAGUCGAUGGAUUGAGAAAAUAGGCUCCCUGUUCAAAAGCAACCUUGAAAUGAGAAGGAUGCCAUCAGAGAGUAUAUUUAAGGAGAAUGAAGGGGAGCCGAACGAAGAGGAGAAUGAAGAUUCUGAAGAGGAGAACGACGAAGAGGAAGAGGAAGCAGAAAAUGACGAUGACGAAGAACAGGAAGAAGAAAAUGACAAUGGCGGAUGA